GAGAUCGCACCACUGCACUCCAGCCUGGGCGACAGAGCCAGACUCUGUCUCAAAAAAAAAAAAAAAAAAAAAAAAAAAAAAUCGUGACUGGAAUUGUUUUGAGACGGGUCUCGCCCCGUCUCCCAGGCUGGAGUGCAGUGCUGCCAUCACGGCUCACUACAGCUUCCACCUCCCGGGCUUAAGUGAUCCUCCCACCUCAGCCUCCUAAGUAGCUGGGACUACAGGUGUGUCACCACGCCUGGCUAAUUUUUAAAUUUUUUGUAGAGUCGAGGUCUCCCUAUGUUGUCCAGGCUUUUUUUAUUUUUUAUGAUUGUUACUUUAAGGAUCAGUCUGAAAUUCCCUUUAGUCACACUUACACGCUUGAACUCAUUUCUGGCACUAGUUAUGGGCCUGUCCUGGGCAGUUCAAGUCCGGGACACAUUAUUAGGGAAAUAACUGUCAGAGCAAAGAACAAAACCCUGUAAGAAAAAACUACGAGGCGACGGGUAAUACAGAGGUCCUGGGCACUCUCGGAGACUGGCGGAGAAACCCGACACACACCUCCCAUGUCUGCACUGUAUUCCUCGAGAGCCUGACAUACAGGUAUUCAGUGAGCACUGGUUAAAAGAAUAACAAACGCAUUGACACAAAAAUUUUAACAGCUUCCCAAGGAUUUUCUCUCAAUCGCUUGUUAAGCUCAGGUCCUCGUCUGAUAAACAUGACGCUACAUUUUUCCCCCUAAUGUUAUUUUGAAGUUUCGACGUAGAUUAAAUAUGGCGACUGAAAACAAAGCAAGAGACAAAGUGCUUGCGCAUCCCAUGACCUCCCCACCGGCAAGAAAAAGGAGAAAGGCGUGAGCUAGCAGCGUUGUUUGGCGCAGAGAGAGAAAUACCAGGAACUCAGUACAGGCCGGAAGUCGGGGUACGGGGCCGCGCCAGCUUCAGGCGUCACUUCCCACGCGACUUCCUGUGGGAAACAUGGCGGCAUUGAGCGGAGUCCGCUGGCUGACCCGAGCGCUGGUCUCCGCCGGGAACCCUGGGGCAUGGAGAGGUCUGAGUACCUCGGCCGCGGCGCACGCUGCAUCGCGGAGCCAGGCCGAGGACGUGAGGGUGGAGGGCUCCUUUCCCGUGACCAUGCUUCCGGGAGACGGUGUGGGGCCUGAGCUGAUGCACGCCGUCAAGGAGGUGUUCAAGGCUGCAGCUGUCCCAGUGGAGUUCCAGGAGCACCACCUGAGUGAGGUGCAGAAUAUGGCAUCUGAGGAGAAGCUGGAGCAGGUGCUGAGUUCCAUGAAGGAGAACAAAGUGGCCAUCAUUGGAAAGAUUCAUACCCCGAUGGAGUAUAAGGGGGAGCUAGCCUCCUAUGAUAUGCGGCUGAGGCGUAAGUUGGACUUAUUUGCCAACGUAGUCCAUGUGAAGUCACUUCCUGGGUAUAUGACUCGGCACAACAACCUAGACCUGGUGAUCAUUCGAGAGCAGACAGAAGGGGAGUACAGCUCUCUGGAACAUGAGAGUGCGAGGGGUGUGAUUGAGUGUUUGAAGAUUGUCACACGAGCCAAGUCUCAGCGGAUUGCUAAGUUCGCCUUUGACUAUGCCACCAAGAAGGGGCGGAGCAAGGUCACUGCUGUCCACAAGGCCAACAUCAUGAAACUUGGGGAUGGGUUGUUCCUGCAGUGCUGUGAGGAAGUUGCUGAACUGUACCCCAAAAUCAAAUUUGAGACAAUGAUCAUAGACAACUGCUGCAUGCAGCUGGUGCAGAAUCCUUACCAGUUUGAUGUGCUUGUGAUGCCCAAUCUCUAUGGGAACAUUAUUGACAAUCUGGCUGCUGGCCUGGUUGGGGGAGCUGGUGUGGUCCCUGGUGAGAGCUAUAGUGCAGAAUACGCAGUCUUUGAGACGGGUGCCCGGCACCCAUUUGCCCAGGCAGUGGGCAGGAAUAUAGCCAAUCCCACGGCCAUGCUGCUGUCGGCUUCCAACAUGCUGCGGCAUCUUAAUCUUGAGUAUCACUCCAGCAUGAUUGCAGAUGCAGUGAAGAAGGUGAUCAAAGUUGGCAAGGUGCGGACUCGAGACAUGGGCGGCUACAGCACCACAACCGACUUCAUCAAGUCUGUCAUCGGUCACCUGCACCCCCAUGGGAGCUAGAGCCCUUUAUUUCUUCCAACCUUGCAAGGACCACACUCCCCAUACCCUUCAGUGCAGUGUACCAGGGAAGAGACCUUGUGCCUCUAAGCAGUGGACCAUGGUCACCUUGCUGGGUAGAGCCUAGGUUGUCCUUGGGCCGGCUUCCUUAGGGGACAGACUGUUGGGUGGUGAUGGGGAUUGUUAGGAUGGAGCCCAGGCCACAUGGAUGAUGAUGAUUCUCCCCCACAGGUUCGAACCUCUGACAUGGGUGGCUAUGCUACUUGCCAUGACUUCACUGAGGCUGUCAUUGCUGCCUUGCCCCACCCAUAGGCCCUGUCCAUACCCAUGUAAGGUGUUCAAUAAAGAACAUGAACCAA